CUCCUUUGUCGAUUGCUUGUUUCAGGUCGAGGGCCUCAUUAUUGUGUUGCUCUUGUCACUCCUUAUUCACUUGAACUGCCUAUCAAUCACUCUUUCAACUGCGUCUACCCUGGUCUCGAUUGUGGUUUCAACUUAAACAUCCGUGAUACCCUCGUCUCGCACCUCUUUCAUAGCAAAAGCAAACACUCUCAUCAAGACUACUUCCAUCAUCAAUCUUCGCAAUGCAGCUCAAGAACUCCAUGCUUCUGUUGACCGCCUUGACGGCUGGUUCUUCCGUUGCUCGUAUGCACGGCCAUGAGCGCCGCCACCACCACCACGAGAAGCGCAACGUUGGUGACGAGGUCUACGCUGUCAUCGAUGGUGUCCUCGAGUCCUGGGUCAACGACUGGUCCGGCUCUGCCACGACUACCGUCGAGUCCAACAAGGCUGCUGCUACCGUCGCGGCUGCUGCCACUAUCGAGGUGAGCGCUAACGUCGCUGCCUCUGCUACCGUUGCCGCCAGCGCUGCUGCCGCUACUUCGAGCUCCGCCUCGGUUGUCUCCUCUGCCGACGGCACCUGCAAGUCGUGGUCUGCGACCUCGUCGAGCUACUCCCGCUCGGGCUUCGGAGCCAAGUCCAACGCCAAGCGCACCACCGAUGCCAUCUACUACUCCGGCAACGUCGGCAGCCCCUGGGGCAGCAACAUCAUCGAGGUCAGCGAGGACAAGGCCUGUCUUUACCAGUAUGUCGUCCGCUUCCAGGGUAGCUCGUCCGACGACUGGACCGUCAAGUUCUGGAACAAGAUCGGUCCCAACGGUGGCCUGAACGGCUGGUACGGCAACUCGGCUCUCGAGUUCAAGAUCAAGGCCGGUGAGACUCGCUACGUCGCCUUCGACUCUGACUCCCAGGGUGGCUGGGGUGCUGCCAAGGGUGACUCUCUUCCCACUGACGAGUACGGCGGUUACUCUUGCACCUGGGGUGAAUUCGACUUCGGUAACACUAGCAACGACGGCUGGUCCGGCUGGGACGUGUCCGCCAUCCAGGCCCAGAACGCUGGCCAGGAGGUCCAGGGUAUGAAGAUCUGCGACCACACCGGUUCCAAGUGCUCCACCAUCGGCAACGCUCUCGCCUCUGUCAUCAACGCCUACACUUCCAACCUCGCCGAUGCUGACGGCAUUGGUGGUAACUCCAACGAGGAGGCUGUCCGCUUGGACGUUGAGCUUGACUUCGCCUAGAUCGUCUCCGUGUGAUUUGUCGUUUUCCUUCUUUCUCAGAUUCCCCUUAUGGUUUCCUUUA